AUGAGAACUGACAUUACUGAAAGUUCUUCGUAUAAAAAACUACUCCUUUUUCCGCAGACGACACUUGAGAUCGGCUUUAUAAUGGCCGCGGUACCAAUAGUGGAACCAAAAUCGAGCCUAGCCAAUGCUGGAAUAGGUACAGCUAACGCAAAGGACAGUGAAAAAACUGAUCGCAAAUUGACCGUUCUAGAAACACAUGGUUACGCUUUGGGAAAAACGAUCGGCGCUGGCUCGUACGCGACUGUAAAGGUUGCUAAAUCCGAGCGCCAUGAUUGUCAAGUCGCAAUCAAGAUAGUUUCGAAGUUUCAGGCACCUGGGGAUUAUCUAAAAAAAUUUCUACCCAGAGAAAUCGAAGUCGUCAAGGGAUUGAAACACUCAAAUUUAAUUAGAUUUCUGCAGGCAAUCGAAACGACGCACAGGGUUUACAUCGUUAUGGAAUUCGCCGAUAACGGAAGCCUGCUUGACGUCAUACGUCGCGAUUCUUACAUAGAUGAGACACGCAGCCGUCGUUGGUUUCGACAACUGAUAGACGCCGUGGAUUAUUGCCAUGAACGGGGCGUAGUGCACAGGGAUAUAAAAUGUGAAAAUUUGCUGAUGGACUACGAUUUCAACAUAAAACUAUCGGAUUUUGGAUUUGCUCGCGGUCACAUGAAACCGAAAAACGGAAUUGCCCCUCUGAGCGAAACUUUCUGCGGUAGCUACGCCUACGCCUCGCCAGAAAUCUUGAAAGGGAUACCAUACCAGCCGCAAUUAUCGGACAUUUGGUCUAUGGGUGUAGUAUUGUACGCGAUGGUUUACGGCAGACUUCCGUUCGACGAUACAAACUACGCCCAACUCGUUAAGCAAGUUCAGAACAAAGUUACCUUUCCGAAAGAUCCGAAGAUUUCUACAGCAUGCCGAGCUCUUAUCACUCGCAUAUUGGCGCCCCAACGCUCGAGGCUUCGUAUUGCGAUGAUAAGAAACGACGCUUGGCUAGCAGCUUCGGUUUCCGUCGCGCAGACAUCGACGGUGGAUAAUUCGUCGGACAGUUUGCCAACCGCUUCGAUAAAAGGGAUGAAGAUAUCAUCGGAAAGAAAUCAACGCGUGGCCACACCACCGAAACUUUUGACCAAGGAGAUACUCUCUGCGAAGCAAAGAAAUAUCAGGGAUCCUAGAACCGAUGAGGAAACUCCGAUCUCCGACCACGAAUCCGCGACGAAUUCUUCAAACUACAGCAUCCCCGCGACUACAGAUGAAAAGGGAAAAUCGAAGAUGCGAGAGCGGGGCCUCGAAUAA